AUGAGUCAUUCCAUUGAAAGCCUGUUCAAAAGUCCACAGAACAACUGCAAAGUGUUUCAGAAUGGCCACAUAAUUCUGAAUGAAUUCAAAAAUGAAAAUUUUGAAAAUGCCGUAAGAGAUUGGGUAAUGAGGAAUUGUUCAUCUUUCAAUCAAACUGCCAGCAAUCAAUCCACAUCGAGCACUGCUAACAACCAAUCAACAUUAACUACUGCUAACAACCAAUCAACAAAAGCCGAUGCAAUUAACAAUAACCAACCAAUGGAAAACCACUGUGCUUCAUCUCUGAAGCAGUCCUGUGACGAAUUAAGCACUAAUAACGAUUGCAGUAAUAAUAAGGACAACAGUGCUUGUAAUGAUUUUGAUCCCACCUCUCUGAACCAACCUGCCUUGAAACAGCUGAUCAGCCUGCUGGUCGAAUGUUUGCUACACGUCAAUAACAAUCUUAGUGGAUGCAAUUAUGACUACGACGAGAAAAAUGUUGUCGGUGUUAACUUGGAUGAAGUUGAUUCAAACUACGGAGAUGAUAACAACGAUGAUGGGGAAAAUAGAGAAUGUUGCGUCAAUCAAAAAAAUGAUAUCAACAUAAAAAAUUGUUGCUCUGUUGGCACAAACAAUGAUCAGAAUAUCAGCAAAGAUGUUCUUGUUUACGAUACCGAAAAUAAUGAUGCUAACCAAGAUGGCGGUGCUGAGGUUCUCAUAUGCAGGGAAUCAAAGUUUUUCAAAGAGCCAUGUUGUGAGAGCAAGGAUGGUUCGUGCUGUGGACUGCCUUGUGAUUGUGUCUUGUCCUGUGUACUCAGCUGUCAGAAACUUGAUUCCAAUUUAACGUUGAAGCACAUCCACAACUCCUACAAAGUCGUCUGUGAUUAUUUCAACACUCAUCAUGAUUCCAGACAAAAGUGUUCGAUACACGGUCCUUACGAUGCAGGCUGGUUGCACAACUGCCCACUUGAAGAAAUCAAAACAGAGAUUCUUGAUGGACUUUUAGUACUUAAAGAUAAUGAAGAAUUCCAUAAAAAAAAAACGCUUAAAUCCGGCCCUAAACCCGGCCACCAAAUCCGGCCGGAGCCGGAUUCAGCCGGAUUUGAAAAAAAGCCGGAUUUCGGCCGGGGCCGAACUUCGAUCAAAAAGUUCUUGACAGCCAGAAGUGCCAAAGAUUGUUCUAUCAUAGUGUCCUUAUCAUCUUCAAAAUCCAAAAAACAUUUGGUGAAAUCGUGCGAUAACAUAUUCAUCCUCGGAGACAGCAAAGAAAUCAUAGCCAACGUGUCAAUAAUCGAUCUGGACAUGAAGGACUUUCACAAAAUUCCAAGCUAUUUGGAAGAGGAUCAAACAAUCGUCAACUGCUAUGAAUCCCAACAAUGUUUCUAAACUCCUGCUGCUGUCCUUUUAUGUUAUGCGCAUUUACAAAUUUAUUAUCAAACAUUUUAAUAUAUUCACGUUUAUUACGGUAAUAUUGAAACAAUAUUAUUUUUGUAAUAUUGAUAAGAUAUUAGCCCUAAAGUAGAACUAUUUUCAUGUGAUUUUUAUAACAUCCCCACCCGUGGAAAUUGCCGUGAAUUUAACAAACGUAUUCAUUUCUUUACUAUUUAUCAUUCCUUUUUGUGAAAUUAAUUUUAUUGUAACCAUUUGUUUUUUUUUAUUCUUCAUUCAUGUUAUUUGCGGUGAACAAUUAUUAAUUUGUUGUUUGUACAAUUAUCAUUAUUUCAGUCCAAAUACAAACCAUAUAAAUUCUUGAA